GGCUGCGGGGGGAGGAGGGGCCCUGGCGGAGACUCGUGGCUCCUGCCUCUGUUUACAAGCCUUGCACUCUUUUAAUGUCAGCCUGCUCCUUUUCCCCGUCAAAACUGGAGAGAGAGAGAGAGAGAGAGAGAGAGAGAUAGUCAGAACGGAACGGCAGAGCUCCUUCUCCCCUUCAGACAGAAAGAGAGAUAGUCAGAACGGAACGGCAGCGCUCAGAGGACACAAGGAGCCGCUCUCGAUACAAACUACAGCAUGGCUAGGCGACCGAGACACAGUGUGUACAGUAGUGAGGAAGAUGAUGAUGACAGUGAGAUGUAUGAACAUGACUAUGAUGGACCGCUGCCCAAGCCAAGCAAACGCCAUCUAGGCAAGACACGCUGGACACGAGAAGAGGAUGAGAAGCUGAAGAAGUUAGUAGAACAUCAUGGAUCAGAAGACUGGAAGCUCAUCACUAGUUUCCUACCUAACCGUACAGACGUUCAGUGUCAGCACCGCUGGCAGAAGGUUCUCAACCCAGAGCUCAUCAAAGGACCCUGGACCAAGGAGGAGGACCAGAGAGUUAUCGAACUAGUCCAGAAGUAUGGAGCCAAGCGUUAGUCCGUAAUCGCUAAGCAUCUGAAGGGUCGGAUAGGGAAGCAAUGCAGAGAGCGCUGGCACAACCACCUGAACCCCGAGGUGAAGAAGACUUCCUGGACCGAGGAAGAGGAUCAGAUCAUCUACCAGGCCCACGAGAAACUGGGCAACCGCUGGGCUGAGAUCGCCAAACUGCUGCCUGGCAGGACUGAUAAUGCCAUUAAGAACCACUGGAACUCUACGAUGCGUAGGAAAGUGGAGCAGGAAGGUUACCUUCAGCACGCCGCCGCCAAAUCUGUCCACGCAUCCCUCACCGUCUCUCCCGGUUACGCCAAGGCCAACAACCACAUCAUGAGCUUCUCUCACCACUCCCCUCUCCCGCCUCUCUCACCUUUCACAGGGAACCACUCCUAUAUUUCGGACCACAGGGUGAGUUCACGCUCUCACCUUCAACUCAACAUCCUGAACAUUCCACAGCACGGAACAGCUGCUAUACAGAGACAUUAUAGUGAGGAGGACCCAGAAAAGGAGAAGAGAGUGAAGGAGAUUGAGCUGCUGCUAAUGUCAACAGAGAAUGAGUUGAGGGGACAGCCUGCACUACCUAUCAACCCGUACUCCAGCUGGGCAGGUAGUGACAGCUCAGAAGGCGUGGCCACAUCGUGCCAUCACCACCAGGCCGCCGGCCCCUGCCUCCCCGAGGAGAGCGCCUCGUCCUCACGCAGCAACAACAGCAACAAUAACAACAACAACAACAACAACAACAACAACAGCAGCAGCAACAACAACAACAACAAUAGUCACCAUGGCAGCCACACCCUCUCCACCCUCCCGGAGUUCAUGGAGUCAGUCAUCGACUCGUUUCUCAACCAAUCGGCGAGCCCGGAAAGCUCAGACAGCGACAGCCUACCAAUGAGCUCCCAGAAACAUCUGCUGGCCACGCCUCUACACCGAGACCACACCCCCCGACCCCAGAAAAGAAAUGACAUGUUCAGGACUCCUACUAUCCGUCGUUCCCUCCUGGAGUUGUCUCCUCGUACUCCGACCCCCUUCAGGUCUUCCAUGGUAGAGUGUAUAAAACAGGAACCUAUGGAACCUAUACCUAUCCUCUCGGUCGGGGACCAACAGCCAACCCUAAAGAAGAUCAAACGAGAGGUGGAGUCUCCCUGUCUGCAGUGGAAAGGGUCAGACCUCCCUACCCAGCUCUUCUCCCCCUCUGGCCCCGUCCAGGAAGUACCUGAUCUGCUGACACGUUCUGUGCUGAGUGAUGACAAACCCUACCACCUCUCCCUCCGGCCCCUGGCCAGCCCACUACAGCAGCUCAACACAUGGGACCAAGUGGCUUGUGGGAAGGUGGAGGAUCAAGAACAGAACCACAAAUACAUCCACACUUACUCCGCCAGAACCUUGGUUAUGUAACACACACACACACACACACACACACACACACACACACACACACACACACACACACACACACACACACACACACACACACACACACACACACACACACACACACGGGAUACAACGGAUCAAAGACCUUGUGUUUAUUUCUAUUUCAACUUUUUUGUAGAUUCUGUUUUUUGUAGAUUUGUUGUUUUAUAAAACAGGAGAAAAUGAUGUGCCUAUAAUUCAGUAAUAAUUGGGAUAUAUUCUAUAUUCUUAAUAAUCCUAAAUUGUAAUAUUGUAAUAUAAAGAACAAGUUGAUUAAUUUAUUUUGUCUUGUUUUGAGGAAGACUGUUUUUUUUUAUACAACCGCCAAUCGAGCAGUGUUUGACUUCAGUAUUUGAACCUUAACCCCUGACCCCUAACCCUUGACCCCUAACCCCUAACCCUUGACCCCUAACCCCAGGCCCCUAACCCUUGACCCCUAACCCUUGAUCCCUAACCCCAGGCCCCUAACCCUUGACCCCUAACCCUUGACCCCUAACCAUUGACCCCUAACCCUUAACCCCAGGCCCCUACCCCUGGACCCCUAACCCUUGACCCCUAACCCUUGACCCCUAACCCUUGACCCCUAACCCUUGACCCCUCACCCCAGGCCCUAGCAUUAUAACAGGUUAAAGUCAUUUUUUUAUAAGUGCAAAAAAAAAACAUUAUUAUGAAAUUAAUUAAACGACCCCCUGUGUAUUAGAGUCCGAGGAGAGACCUUUACUAAACAUCACAAUGCCUUUUAUAAUGACAUGUCACUGCUAGGCAUUACAUCUUAUGUCAGCUCCUAUGUCAACCUUAUGAAUGGUUAUGAAUGAGUGUUAACAUGUCACUGCUAGGCAUUACAUCUUAUGUCAGCUCCUAUGUCAACCUUAUGAAUGGUUAUGAAUGAUCAUAUGAUGCUGUCCGUAUUGACUUGUUUCCUAUCUUGUCUGUAUCAUAGGGGAAACGUUUCCAUUCAACACAA